CAAAGGGAUGACUGACACUACAGACUACAACUUGCUGCUCAUGAGUGUUUUUCUUCUGUUUUCUAGAACUCCAACCAAACUUUGAGGAUAUUAUUCUCAUCACUCAGCGCCAGACUACCAGCAUGGAGAUCUCCAGUACAACUGUCCUGCCUGUGGUCGGCCUCGGAUCAAUGGCCCAGUCGUCUGGACUUGUGGAGCUUGCUGUCAGGCUGUGCUUGAACCAACGCAAACAGCUGUGUCCUCACGUUUGGGUUCCCAUCCUGAAGCCCCAGCGUCCUUGCAUCCGUCCUCAUUUUUCAGAUCAGCUACCAUCUGACAUCCUGGGUCAGGCAUACCUGAACCACCCUCUCUUGUCAUUCUUGGAUGACGAGGUUUUGAUCCAAAACAAGAACAAGCGCGUGGUUUUCGCUGACUCAAGAGGACUGUCUCUAACAGCUGUGCGAGUGUUUUCUGACGAAGAGGAGCAGUCUGACCUCGACCUGCUGCCGUCGCUGCAGGGUUUGGAAAGCAUGACAGAGGACAGCUACAGCUGCACCGUCAGCACCUGCUGCCCAGGAACACAGCUCAAACUGGGCUUCCCGCAGCCCUCUGCAGAUUUCCACGCCUUCCGUGUCAAGCUGGCAGAGAGCAUGGUUAUCCUGGAGAACUGCAGCAUUACUGAACAGGCCCUCCGAGGUACUGUCCGAGUCAGGAACAUCAGUUUCCAGAAGGAUGUGCGUGUGCGCAUUACCUUUGACUCAUGGCAGAGCUACAGAGAUGUGCCCUGUACGUACGUGCAGAAACGCUUCGGAGGACCACAGACAGACAUCUUUGAAUUUGAGAUUGCUAUUCCUAAAGUGCUAGAUGCCAAAAGGAAGAUAGAAUUCUGCUUGAGGUAUUUACCAGGAGGACACAGUGAACCUUUUUGGGACAAUAACAGCGGACAGAAUUACAGCAUUGCAGUGUGUGUGAGCUCACAUCUCUGCUGCGGCAAGAAUCUAAGUGAAAGGGCAUGACUUACUCAUCCUCCAAAGCAUCCCUGUUUUUCUCAUACAUAACACAUCAGUCCUGGUUAAAGAUCAGGUCAAUAUAUUUUUUAUUGCACUUGCAUUGUUUUCAUUCUGAAGUGGUACUUUAUAUUUUCAUAAAUGUGUAGACAUUUCAGUAACUGUAUAAAAAAAAAACUUUAAAACGGGUGACUUUUGUUGCAAUUUUCAGUUUUCUUUUCCACUUCUAUUUCACAUUCAGCAUCAAAUGGGUGACCUUGUUUUUCAGUCCACACACUCUUGGUCCUACAUGUUGGCUGCUCACCAGCCCAUGUGUUACUGUUGUGCAGCAGGGAUGGGAUCCCUUUCACUUUGGGCAUUUCUGGGAUUCCCCUGCAGGUCAGAGAUUACUGGGGAGGGACAAACAGGAGCAGGAGAGAAGCUAAUCUUAGCUCAGCCCUGUUUCUAGAGCUGAGGUUUGCUGUCAGAGACUGAUUGCAGGGAAUGUUGUGAUACCAUCUUCCUCAUUACCUUCCUCACAGUGCUCAAAACCCCAUUACACGGCCUGGCCCUGCUGUCACUGUCACAUUGCAACAUAUUUUUCUACAGUGAAAGUCUGUGGUGCAACAUUUAGACACUGUGCAUAGUCAUGAACUGCAAUUACUUUCCUAAUUUUAAUUCUACAAUUAGCUUUUAAGAAGGAUUAA